UCUUACAAUAGUUACUCAUUCGCUACUUUGAACUCAGCACGAAUACUAACCAAGAUGCUUAAAUACGUCACAGUCGCUUGCGUGCUGGUAGCCCUUUGCUCAGGUGCUCCACAACAAAAUCCCCAAGAUGUUCAGAUCCUACGUUUUGACAGCAACGUGGAACCCGAUGGCUACAGCUUUGCGUACGAAACUAGUGACGGUACAUCCAGACAAGAAGAAGGCAAACUCGACAACCCACAGUCCGAGAAUGCAGCUCUGACAGUUACUGGACAGUAUGCUUACGUAGCUCCUGACGGCAAGCACUACACUGUCACUUUCACAGCGGGACCCAACGGCUUCCAACCCAAAACCUCAUUGGGCCAGAAGUAAAAACCCCAAAAACCUGUGUACAUAAAUAAUACUCCGUCUCAACGUAAGUUAGACAAUGAUUUUGUAGGCAGCUAAGAGAUCUCGAUGUUAUCAUCUAUCCUUGUCAUGUCCAGUGACAAAAGCAAUUUCUAAAUUCUCGUGCCAUAUGGACACUAUCUUUUAUUUGUACUUUUUUUUAAUAAAUCAAAAUGUCAAUUAUGAAUAAACAAUUGAUAAUACAA